ACAGAAAGAGUGCGACGAUGAAGCGCAGCGUGAGCGCCGACCGGGCGCCGCGGCCGCAGGACAUCCUGCCCUUCAACAACGUCAAGCCGGCGCGACCCACCCUGCGCUCGUCCAGCGUCGGCUGCGACGUGCGCUGCGGCUGCCAGUUUUUCGGCACCGACUCGCUGUUGCCCGAGCGCCGGGCCCUGAUGCUGGCGGGCCGGCCGCUGGGCCGCGCCGCGCCCACCUCGACCGCGAGUUCGCCGAGCGGCAGCUUCCGCUCGCCGGUGCCCAACCGGCCUGGAGUCCUGCGCCGCGAGGCCGUCAUCACCUCGGCCAGCAGGACGUGCGCCUCCGAGGCCGGGGACCACGAAUAUGAACCCGUGUCUCCUCGCAGACCACCGCAGGUUCUGGUCUCAGGACCUUACGACCGAUACGAACCUGAAUUAGGCAUGGCGCCUGCCCGCGAGGGCUCCACAGACAGUACCCGAGAGAGAAUAAAAAAAUUUCAGGAGCGCAAAUUCUUGCACCACGAUUCCCUCGAUGACGAAAUGACCUAUAUCCGCCGAGCCCCAUUAAAUCAGCAGAACAGCGAAGAGGAUCAUGCCAUGAAAAUUGACGAACAUUACCCUGGUUAUGACCGCGAUGGCGCUGCACCUUCACCUGCUGGAACAACCAGCUCGAGAACUGACAUGGACCUCAACACUAGUCAGGUUGAUUCCUCGGCCCUGGAAGAUCUACCACUCUCUAGAGAGGCGCGCAGGAAAAACAAACUUGAUAAAGAGGCUGAGGACCAAGGUCCAGGUGCCGCCGCUCGGAGCCUCCAAAGUAUUCGCAAUCAGGCAGGCCGGCUGAGGGCAAAAAUGAAGGCGAUGAAGCGCCCCAAAAUCAACCUUCCCGACCGUCCCAAAUUCAACCUGCCGGAGAGGCCCAAGUUUCACAUGCCAGAGCGUCCGAAGUUCAACCUGCCAGAGAGGCCGAAAUUCAAACUUCCCGAACGACCGAAAUUCAACAUGCCUGAACGCCCAAAAUUCAAUUUCCCGGAUAGGCCUAAAUUUAAUUUUCCUGAAAGGCCAAAGUUCAAAAUGCCAGAGAGGCCCAAUUUCAAUUUUCCGAGCAUUAGCCUGCCCCGUCCGAGACGAGUUCUCAGGGAGAAAAACGGUGAACAGGAAACCGUUCAUACCGACACACCGAUGGUCGAUACGCCCAGCAAACGCAGCUACUUUGACUUCAAAACCUAUCCUCGGCUGUUCGACCGGAAAAACAAGCGACGCGAGCUUAAUAUAAGUGCCCCUGUCCAAGUGCGGAUUCCGCAGCUUCCAAAGGAAGUUUAUCAGUAUGAUGACGACGAGGAGGAAAUUGACCCAAUCAAACCUGAUCUGCCACCGCGCCGCAAAGGGUCGCAGGACAGCAAUAGGAAUCGCUGGGUUUCUAAGUUGAGUGAACUCGACUACAUGGACGAGGAAAACUAUAAGGAUUUUAGGAAAAAUGGGACGGCCCUUCCGUUUGAUGACGAGGAGGAGGACGAAGAAAUUCGCCAGUUGCAAAAGGAGCUCCGCAAACAGCACUCAAACGAGUCCGACCAAGAAUUCUCGGAGUCUUUGUCCGGCUUUAGGGACAAGGAUUUUGGUUACGCCAUUUCUCUUAGUCCCAUGAGGCCGCUGCCACCACGGAAUAAUCAAACCCUCCAGAGGGCGGUGGCACCACCUGUGGAUGACGAGGAAGAAAUCAGCCUGCCAGGAUCUGAACACGGCGCGGCUCACUCUUCAGGAAGCAGUUCAGACAGGAGGAGACAAGGAGUCCUGGAAGAGAUCAGUUCGGAUGAAUUUUUCCUGCGUGAGAAAGGUGUCAGUCAGGAAGACGUGGACGUUGAAAGAUAUUUGUCGAGGGAAAUCAAAGAAACCUUCCGUCCCACGAUUGACAGCGACGUAUUGCAAUUGGAAAAUGCUGCCAACGAGGCUGAUCUUGCCAGGAGCUAUCGUGGAACUCCUGAGAGGGUCAGUCCGAGCCACAAGGCGAGACCACCGAGAAAAACAAGGUCCAUCAAGACCUCUUCAAAUUUGAGUACACCACCGACAUCUGUAACAGAAGUCGCCACCGAAGUGCAGAAAGUCGAAAAGGAGGACACAACCUGGUACUUCAAUACUUUUCCUCCAAAUAAGCCAACGAGAAGCAGAAGACGUCAGCUGCGCCAAGAGAGACAAAAGGCGAACACUAUGGGCCGUAAAACUGUGCCCAAAGCCCCUCAGCGCAAAACUAAGACAAGAUCUGAAUUUGCUAUCGGCCAAAAUAGUGAAUGGAGCGUGGCACCGGAUCAGGAAUGGCUCAGGGAUAUUGAAUCGCACAUCGAACCAAAAGAGGUGGCAAACCAAUCUUCAGAGCCAGAUUACAUUAUUCCUGACGUUGGUACUCCUUCGGCCCCUAAGAGAGGAAGGAGGUUCUCCAAUAAGCAACGAGAAGAUGACAGCCGUUCUUACGUUUCUUAUACGUCACGGGCGUCCGAGAUUGAGGAGCCUGGCUAUGCUUACGUUGUUAAGCCCGGUGUAAUUUCUUAUGAGCAAACCCAGGCGACGCCACCGCCAAGAAGGGCAAAGGGUCAAUACCCGACCGCAACCAGAAGGAGGAAAACUCGUCCUGUGAGUGGAAGUGGCACCAGUCACUUUUUUACUAUGCCGCACCGCAAGAAUUUGCCAGUGCGACCAGCUCGUAACUACGCCACUCUUGGUCCAGCACGUCCACCUCGAAAGCAACGCAGGGCGUCCCUCGAAGACGUGCGCAGUGAAAGUUUGCAGUCAGGAGCUGUGAUUCAGAAAAUGAAGGAGAGGCCGCUGCCGCCGCCUCCACGUCCCCCGAGGAAAGAUAGGGGUUCUGAAGGAGACAUGGAAACUAUGGAGGCGGAAUUUGCCGCCCUCUCUGAAAACGCUCCUAUCGCUCCAUCCGAAGACAUGGAUAUUGUCAGAAGCGCUGAACCUGAAAAGAAAAAAGACGCAAGCCCAACGCAAAGUGAGGAGCACGUACUAACAGCCCACAUGAUCGUCGCUGAUUCAGAAAUUGUUGUAACCAGGGAGGAAAUCACCUGCAAAACCCCUGACCUCCCUGCACUUGCUGACGAUAUUCAAAAUGAAAAGUCACCUCCUCAGGAAGAAUUGUCAUCAAAAAUUGUUCCCGCUUCAGAAGAACAGGAGCCCAAAGUAGAAGAAGUGGAAACCAUCAAAACUAUUUCUGAUGAGAGAGAAGUUCAAAGUCAAUCAGAAGCCCCAAUGGAAGUAGAAAUUAUUCCUGAGCCCACACCAGAAGUUGUUGCCGAGCCAAUUAAAGAGCAGCUUGUGGCUGAAGAAGUCGCGCCAGCAGCACCUGAGCAAGCUCCUGAGGUUCUUACCCCUCAGAAAAUUGAUUCUCAAGUGAUUCAGGAAGAAAAAGCAAUAGAAAGAAUAUUAAUUGAAAAAGUCGAAGCUGCUCCCGAAGCACAGAUGCAACAAAUAAUUUUGGAGGAACGCGUUCCGGUGGUGGAAACAAUUCAAGAAAGUGCUCAGGAGCUGCCAAAGCAGUUUGAAGAGGCACCUGUUGUUGAGGAAGUAACGGUUUCAACACAAACCGACCCUCUUCCUGAAGAUGAACUUAUUGGUGAUAUUGUUCCUGUUGAAACUGAAGACGUAGGCACAGGAACAUUAGAUUUGCAGCCGCAGAUUCCUGUUGAAAAGGUAGAAGUACCUGUUGUAGCCCCGGUGCCUUCUUCCUCGCAAGAGAUUUCGCCCGCCGCUGCAGCUUUACUAGAAGCCUUGCGCUCCGGACAGCUGAGGCUAGAUUUCCUUGACGUAGGCAGAUUAAGCGUAAGCGAGCUCCAGGCUGGAAGAAUGUUGGUGUCAGACAUCGAGGGGAUGGCCCUGAACGUCGCUGACCUCCAAAGCAAGGGUGGCGCGCUGGUGCUGAGUUCCGUUCAAGCGCCGAUGGAGGCACUGGCUGAGGCGCUGAUGACCGCUGCCCAAAGAAUAAUGCCACCGCCGCCUGUUCCUCAGAUCAUACACGUUCCCAACCCUCCACCCCCGCACUCAGACAUGCAGUGUCAGACUCAAACGCCAAUGUCAACGCCACCCCCUCAGGAAAGCCAAUUAAUUACAAGAGCUGUUGAGCCAGUUGCAAUUGAGGCGUCGGAAUUCGUCGAUUCUGAAUCAACACAAGAACGAAUUUCAAGUUCUGAAGUCCAACAUUCUGCACCAUCCACUAGUUCUUCAUCCCUGCCUGUUUUUACUACGGAACAAGUCCUCGCCCUUCAGGCAGCAGCCGUCAGCAGUGCGUCUCGUGAACGUUCGCGUGAUCGUUCAAUACCUCCACCCCUGCCUCCGCGCAGAACUCUCACCCCGGAUUACAGCGCCCCUCUUAUCCGGCAGCAAGACAUGGACCCCGGAAUUGUGGAACUGGGCAACCGGCUAGCGAGGGCGUGCUGUUGCGCCACCCUCUCUGCGCUCCGCAGGGUCGUGACGUACACGGAGCUGCAGGCGAACAGUUUGGCAGACGAAACGCGCGAGAGGAGCGGUCUGCAAAUGGCCCUGUGCGUGGUGCUUGUGCUCGUGGCUGGCAUCAUUUUGGUUGCCAGCAUGGGAGGUGAUAGCAGCGCGGUUCACCAUCACCACUGGGACUUCUACAUGCCACAGUGAGGCUCAAUAAUGGUCUUUUUGUAGAUUUUGUUGUUCAUUUACUCGCUCGGUCAAAAUAUAGCCAUCAUUUUGUAUGAACUGUGAAUUGUUUUCUGAGUAUAUUAUAUUGUAUGCAUUGUAAAUAAAAAGGGAUUGAAUAGGAAUUAAAAAUUGCCAUUUAA